AUGAAGUUCACCACCGCUGCCAUUGCUGCCACCGCCGCCAGCCUCGUCACUGCUCUCCCCACCGACUCCAAGAUCAAGGACGGCGAUGUCUUCACAAUCCAAACCAUCCGCUCAGGCAGCGACUUCCAGUACAGCACCUUCCAGGCUGUCCAGAACUCCCUCGUGAUCAACGCAGGCCAGCAGAACGCUUCCUGCGGUCCAGAACCCCACAACUACGCUUCAUUCCAGCUCAGCAACGGCAGCCUCUAUCUCUACACUGCCAACCCCCCUCAGCAAUUCUUCGUUGACAGGUCUGGCAUGGGUCAGGGUGUCAUCCAAUACACCACCGGUGCUCAACCCAUGGUGAAGAACGGAGAAAGGACUACCUUCGCCAUCAACGACGACGGAAACCUUGUCUUCCGUGACCAGACUGGCGAGGACAUCGAGUUCCAGGCUUGCCAGCCUUCUCUCGGUGGCGGCUACUCCGUCUGGUUGGGCGGUGUUACCCGUCCUGCUGGAGCCGACGAGUGCUACGGCUUCAUCGCAAGGGCGAUCAAGGAAGAGAACCCCACCAAGUGCCUCUACACCCAGUACCCAUAA